GCGUGACGGGGUUGUACUCGUCUAACAAUAAAAGCGAUACCUCUAUUUAAGAUACACCUCAUUAUAUAAGAUAAAAAUUUUUUACGAUUUUUUCUACCCCCAAGGGUGCGAGGGAUCAGGAACUUUUUUUUAUUGGAAAAUUUUAGAGUGAAAAAAGAAUUCAUUAGAACAUCUUAUAGUUACUAGCUCUAUUUACUUGUAAAAGAAAAAUUCUUUUAAGUAUUUUGGCAUUGUAGUUGUUCAAUAUUUAUUGAUUAAAUUGUAUAAAUUUUUCAAUUUUUCUAUUGAUUUUUUAAUGCUGGGAUGAAAUGUCCCUUUUAUAUUUUUUGUUUUAUUUUUGUAAAUUUAAUUAUUUUUUAAAGAAAAAUAAAUAUGGAAUCAAUAAUUCCAACGCCAAGUAUUGACCAAGUUUUGCAGAGUCUUGCAAGUAAUGCUCUUUCAUCAACAUCAGCGCAAGAUUCGGAAGAGGAUCAACCAGGAGGAAGAUUAGAAAUUGUAAAUUUGGACAGUAGCGACGAUUCUGAAAGUGAAAAAGGAAAUGCUGCUGCCAAAAAUAAUAAAAUUGUUUUUAAUCAACUGUCAAGGCCAAAUAAACGUAAAUUACCUCUUGUCACAGACCAAGCAAGAUUAAAUGUUAUAAUGGAUAAAAAUCGUUCGGCUUAUUUGAGAGAAAAGUUUCAGCUGAAUCAAAAGAAUAAUUCAAGAACAAUUUAUCGAAUUAACCAUUCAAACAAUAGAAUUAUUCAAAAGCCAUAUCAACCACCAACUUCAAAUACCUCAACUUUUUCAUCAAACUAUGCGCCAAAAACAGUUUCUGAAAUGUUAAAUGAUUUGGUUAAUAUGUCUGUUGAUAAAACUUUGGAAAAUUCUGCUUCUUUACAAGAACAAUCUUCAAACAACAAUAAUAAUUUGCGUUUUGUGCCUGCAACACCUGAAGAAUCGUCAUUGCUUGUUGCUGCUCCUCCACAAUUGGAACCUCAAGAACACGUUAUUGAAUCUAGUAAAAAUAGUAAAGCAACAUCUUUAGAUGGAUCUAAUUUUGAACAAUCGACUUCGAAUUAUCAGCAAUCACAAGCGAAUUCCUCGGAUGAUGAUGAUAUUCAAGUUAUUAGUGAUAAUAACAAUAUUGUUGAUGAUUGUGAGAUGCAGGAAAAUUUACAAGACGAAUCUGAAAUCGUUGGUACUUCUAAUGAUGCUGUUGAAGAUGCUACACCUUUUUGUAAAAAUUGUGCUAGUGAAGUUCCUUUGAUUAUUAAGCGUUUGGAUCGUUUGGAUGGUAUGGUGGAUAAAAUGAUUAAAUUGGUUAAGAACUCACUUUCAAGCCCAGCAAAUCAUUGA